AUGGCGACCGACACGACAGCCCAGGCUUUUAAACAGCCUAUGACGGCACCGGAGUUGAUCGCGUUCGUUAAGAAUGAGCUCGAUGCCGACGAGGAGCGUCAGGCCAAGGCGUCGGCGGCCAGCGCUGGGGAAUUGCCGCGGGAAUCGCAGACCGGGUCGACGCUGGACUUGAGCCAUAAGAAUAUUGGUGCGCUGCCGGUGGAAGUUAUUACAUUGAUCAAGGACAAAGUCGAAAGACUCGCGCUGUCACACAAUCCGCGCAUUGCUUUGCCGUUAGAGAUCGGCCUGUGCGAUCGACUUCGAUAUCUGAAUUUGCGAUGGAACAAGCUGAAGCACUUUCCCGAAGCUGUCUUGACGCUGGCCAAGCUCGAAAUAUUGGACAUCAGCAAGAAUGCGAUCGAUGGCAUACCGGAGGAAAUCAAGAACAUGACGAACCUCAAAUUCUUAGCCGUUGCGCGGAACCAGWUCAAGCGUCUGCCAUAUGCUCUAGGUGAGAUGAAUCUGGUGAAGCUCAAGUUCGACGAGAACCCGAUCGAGUUUCCACCUCCCGAAGCGUUAAAGACAGACCGGAGGAAUCCGUCAGUCGAAUCCGAAAAGGAUAAGGAUAUGUGUCAGCAGGUCAAGCGAUAUAUGAAGACAGUGAUGCGAGAGAGACUGAGGACAAACUCCGAGGACGACUUCAGUGCGAGCAGUGCCGAAACUCCACGUCCUCCCAGGAGAGGAGCACACGGUGGACGGUUUCCGGUGCGGCCCAGCAUCAGCGGUAUAGAGAAUGUCCAGGGUCUCGAUCUCAGAGCGGAGUCCCCACCCGWGAAUGUUCCGCCCAUUCCAGCAAGGAACCAUGCCCGAGGACUGUCAUCAGCCUCUCAUAUUGGUCGAAGACCGGGAGUUACCCCUUUGCUGACUACUGGACUGGACACCAACCGAAGCAGGAGUGAGUCUGUCGCAUCUGCCAACAUGCGGAAUCGAAGGCAAGGCUAUGUGCCGCGCAAGAAUACCACGACGGGCGAGAUUUCUUCACAGCUGUCAGCACGUUCAAUUCAGGCGCCAACACUAACGCCUCCCCACUCGCGUGCAACAAGCGUGACCUCCAGCUUCAAUGGACACUUGGCGAUUGGUAGUGGUGGCGAGACGUCGUCAGGCGCCGUCAGUCCAGUUGACGGGCCUGUGAGUCGUGCUCUGUUGACCCGGAAGCUUGCAAGUCUUCCAGAGUCCCGCGACUCGCGCGCACCAACGAUGAGCUCCAUCAAAGUGGUCAAGCGCGUCCUCUUGAUGCUUUUCUAUCUCUAUAGGCCGAUCGCCGACGUCGCCCAGCAGUUAAGUAGCGGAUCGCCGAAGCGCUCGACCCUGGAACGACAACUGUAUGGCGCUAAUGCUCACGUGGAGGAGCUCGACCGGCUCUUGAAUGGUGCGGACGGCAUUACUGAAGACCACAUCGAGCUUGAACCUGCUCUUCUCAUGUCGGUCACGCGUACGGCCACUACGGCGUUGACGCUUUAUGUUCAGGUCAUCAAAGAGCUUCACCGAAAUCGACAGCAAAUGGCAAGGCGUGUUGAUGCAUUUCACGUACGAUGUGUGAUCAAUACAGCUUACAGUACCCUUAUCGAGGCGCGGAACGUUUGUCAAAUGCUGGGCUUCCACACCAAAACCUUGCCGGCCAAAACUCUGCGGGCAUCAAAUGCUUGGAGUAGUCGUACUGUCACACCGACUCAGGCGCGGUCCUCGAGCAAUCGAAGGAGAGGAGCCACAAUCCUGCCAAGCUCAGGGGGUAGCACCAGUUUUCGAGGGGCGCCAGCACCGCCCGUGCCUCUACAUACAAAUGGUAGCCGCAGUAACACGAUGACGUCCACGGGAGGGGCGACUCCGCGCAUGAACGACGCCAUGGGCGGUCUUUCAUCGUAUAGUAAUGUUUCUUCUCGGAGCAAUACUAUGCGGAGCGGCAUUUCUCAGUCCGAAGGAGAGGACAGCGCUGAUAGACUGUACCGAAAGUUGAAGGUCUGUUGCGAUCUCGCCUUGCAAAUUCUACCUCCAGUCCGUGCGGAGCUGGCUUCGAGGAAACUCAGCGCGGACAAGACCGGCCAUUCUCGUUCGGCGCACCAGUACGCGCAGGCAGUCAACAAAUGUGACUUCGUCAUCGCAACGAACAACAAACUCAUGUCGCGUUUGAAAGUUAUGCGGGUAGGGGAUCCUGCUCGGUACCUCUCUGAGUUCCGACAGCUUACGGAGAGCUUCUCGAAGGAUUGGGCCAACUUUGCCGGAGAAAUCAUGUCGUUGGCACACAAUCGCAUUGAUAUUGGCAACGUCAAGCACAACCUCAAGCCUGUCCAAUACGCCGUCAAGGAUGCUAAUAAUGCCGUGGCGCAGUCUUUGCAAGCUUCAACAUAUACUGUACCGACCACUCAUGCAAAGCCACCUCCGACUGCUGGACUUCAUGGAGGCUUUUUACCAAAUCUCAACACGAGUCUGGCGCUUCAAACGAGUUACAUCCCUCCAGUUCCUGCCACGCCCCUGGGCGCAGCCCUCGGUCCAGCGGUGCAGGCCACAGUACCACCAACGCCUAGUACGGCGUUUAACUCCCCCGAGUUUUACCCUACCCAAUUUGUUCCAGGACCUGGUCGAUCCGGUCCAUCAAGAACAGAUGCAAUGUUACCACCACCGGGAUACCCAAGAAGAUGA